AUGCGCAAUCUGCUUCGCAUGUGGGCGAUUAGCCUUCUGGUGGCAUUAGCUGCCCUGCCUACUGCGCUCACCCUGCCGACUACAACCCCUCAAGACCCCAGUACCGACCCCUUUUACAGACCACCCACCGGCUUCGAGUUCAGAGCACCAGGAACGAUCCUACGACAACGCAGGAUAAAAGCAGCCUUCUUCGGCCUCAUCCCAGACCCCGUUGACGCAUACCAACUCCUCUACCGGACCACCGCAGUCAACGGCUCCCCAAUCGCCACCGCCACCACCGUCUUCAAGCCGCAAUCCCCCUACACCGACCGCUUCGUCUCCUUCCACACCGAGUACGACAGCUCGUCAGUCACAUGCAAUCCGAGCUACCAGUACCGGCUGGGUUCCUUGCAAACGGGCAUCAUCCCCUCCGUCGAACUCCCCAUCACCCAGGCGUACCUUCUCAAGGGGUAUAUCGUCGCGUCGCCGGAUUAUGAAGGGCCCGAUGCGGCGUUUGGGGCGGCAAGGCUGGCUGGGAUGGGGGUGUUGGAUGGGAUGCGCGCUGUUGCGAGCUUUCGACUCCUCAAUUUCACAACGUGCACUCCUGCAAUUGUAGGGACGGGGUACUCGGGGGGUGCAAUCGCGACAGGCUGGGCCGCAGCGCUACACCGCACGUACGCGCCGGAACUGAACGUGAGGGGAUGGGCGCAGGGUGGGACGCCGAGUAACCUUACCGGUACAUUGCUCUGGCUGGACAGCGGUUUGUACAGUGGCUUUCUUCCCGCUGCGAUUGAUGGGCUGUCCAAGCCCAGCGCGUACGGGUUACAGCUGAAGCCAUUCAUCGACAGUAUUGUCACUGAGGCAGGGCAAUUGCUGCUCGACUAUGCAAGCUCACACUGCACCGUUCCUGCUCUUAUCAACUUCCACAACCAGUCCAUCUUCGACCCCACUUUUCAGACGCUCGGACCGGAUUUCAUUCAUGAGCCUAUCGUGAGAUCGAUCAUGGCGGAAAACACACUCGGCGCGGAUCCCGACGAAACCCCCAUUGCUCCUGUCUUUGCAUAUCACGCCGCUCAAGAUGAUAUUAUUCCGUACAGCGACGUGAAGACCAUGGUUGACAGAUGGUGCAGUAACGGGGCGACUGUCUCGUUUACGACGUAUGCUAGCGGAGGUCAUAUUGCGACUGAGCUGCAUGGCAUGGUGGGAGCCGUUCGGUGGGUAGAAGGGGCAUUUGAGGGCAAUGUUCCGGUCAAGUGCUCGUCAAGCACAGCAUCGGUCAAUCCUUUAGACUCGGAUUCUCUCGGGGAUGAAUUGGAACCGGUUAUGUUUGUCCUCCGCAAGGUGAUGAAUGUUAUAGGACAGAAUGAUGAGAACAUCAAGGGGUAUGUUUCUGUGCUUGCAGCGGUUCCCUAG